CAGCUGUGCAGGCGUCGACGGGGCGCCCUUCCCCCCGUCACAAGUGCCGCGGUGCCGGCGUGAUGGGCGCCCGCAUGUCACUGACCGCGUAUGCGCCCGGCGGGAGCCUCCUCUGGCGGUCGCACCUCAUCGGGAUGAGGACACCGUUCCCGGACCAACGGGAUCCUUAACCACGGCCUCUCUGCACAGCACGCGCUGUUUUGCUCUGACCCGAUUACGAGCGUAUCUGUGCCUCGGCGGAGAGCUCUCGACGCUUCGCCCUCCGUCGUCACGGUGCAGCGUAACAGCGACGCUUAUCAUUCGCGGCGUUGCCGAAGAACGUACCCCCUCUGAAGGACUGCAAACAAGUAAGAGCGACUCCGAGUGUAUAUAGCCGCGACGUGGUGGAAGGCAAGAAAGACAAAGAAAGAAGGCUGUGCGGUUAGCUGAAUGGAAUCUGCAUAACAGGUUAGGCGCGGUGCGAUUUUUACGCUUUCUGCUACGACUCCGCCGGGUGCACUGCUCGGGGUAUUUUGCUGCUCUGCUCGCCGGCGUUAAUAUAGGAGGAUCGCUGCAUAGCUCUGCUACGGUACGCGCCCGAUACUGAGGGCGUUCAAGUGCAAGCGCUGAGUGUGUGACCAAGUUGGUCCGUUACGUGCGUUCCAUACGUGUCUACCGAAGUAUCGUCAAACACUUGGCCCGUGCGGCGUGCAUAAACGAGAGGCGAUAUGGAGGAACGGCUGUACCGGCACUGCUCUCGUUGAAUGGGCCCCGGGGAGCCGGCGAUUCGCCCGAGCCGCGAAACUUGGAUCGGCUGCCUCAUUCGGCUACUCGCAUCGCACGGCGACCAGUGUGACCCGUCGCUCUACUUGUUCCUCCGCUGGCUGGCACUCCUGCUGUUCCGCUCCAUACUGAGCCAGAUGAUGCCCUCCGCGACUGAUGGCAACGCCAGCUUCCUGCGGGCUGCUCGUGCUGGGAACCUAGAAAAAGUGCUUGAUUACCUCAAGGGCAGCAUAGACAUCAACACAAGCAAUGCAAAUGGGCUCAAUGCACUCCACCUGGCUGCUAAGGAAGGCCACGUCAACGUGGUUAGCGAACUGCUCAAGCGUGGAGCUAAUGUCAAUGCUACCACGAAGAAAGGCAACAGUGCUCUGCACAUAGCGUCGCUGGCAGGCCAAGAAGAGGUGGUGAAGCUGCUGGUGCAGAAGCAAGCCAAUGUCAAUGUGCAGUCGCAGAAUGGCUUCACACCUUUGUACAUGGCCGCCCAGGAGAACCAUGAUGGAGUGGUUCGUUUCCUCCUGGCCAAUGGCGCCAAUCAGAGCCUCGCCACAGAAGAUGGCUUUACCCCUCUGGCAGUGGCAUUGCAGCAAGGGCAUGACAAGGUGGUGGCAGUUCUGCUCGAGAAUGAUGCUCGGGGGAAAGUCCGCUUACCAGCCCUGCACAUUGCUUCCAAAAAGGACGACUGUAAAGCAGCUGCCCUGCUGCUACACAGCGAACAUAAUCCUGAUGUCACUUCGAAGAGUGGGUUCACUCCACUUCAUAUAGCUGCUCAUUAUGGCAACAGUAACAUUGCAUCUCUCCUGUUGGAAAAGGGAGCUGAUGUUAACUUUCCAGCAAAGCACCAAAUAACACCUUUACAUGUGGCUGCAAAAUGGGGAAAAAGCAACAUGGUGAAGCUGUUGCUUGAAAAGGGAGCAAAAAUUGAUGCCUCCACAAGGGAUGGGCUAACACCAUUGCAUUGUGCAGCCCGUAGUGGCCAUGACCAAGUAGUUGAGCAACUGCUUGAGAAGAAUGCUCCCAUUACAGCAAAGACCAAGAAUGGGCUUGCUCCUCUACACAUGGCAUCUCAAGGUGACCAUGUAGACAGUGCUCGCAUCUUACUUUAUCACAAGGCUCCAGUGGAUGAUGUCACUGUUGACUACCUGACAGCACUUCAUGUGGCUGCACAUUGCGGCCAUGUUGGAGUGGCAAAGCUGCUACUGGACCGCCGGGCAGACCCUAACGCACGAGCCCUGAAUGGAUUUACUCCUCUACACAUUGCAUGCAAAAAGAACCGCAUCAAGGUAGUUGAGCUGCUCCUCAAGCAUGGCGCUUCCAUUGAGGCCACCACUGAGUCGGGGCUUACACCAUUGCAUGUGGCUUCGUUCAUGGGUUGCAUGAACAUUGUCAUCUACCUGAUUCAACACGGAGCCAAUCCAGACAUCCCCACUGUCAGAGGAGAGACCCCUCUACACUUGGCUGCCCGUGCCAACCAGACAGACAUCAUUCGCAUUCUCCUUCGCAAUGGAGCUCAUGUGGACGCCAAAGCCAGGGAACUGCAGACAGCAUUGCACAUAGCUUCACGACUGGGAAAUGCUGACAUGGUGGGACUGCUCCUGCAGCAUGGGGCUGCAGUGGAUGCUCCCACCAAGGAUGCUUACACUCCUCUGCAUGUAGCAGCCCGUGAGGGCCAAGAUGAAGUGGCUGCCCUACUUCUGGACCAUGGGGCUGCUCUUGCUGCACCAACAAAGAAAGGAUUCACCCCGCUUCAUUUGGCAGCUAAAUAUGGCAACCUAAAGGUGGCCCAGCUGUUGCUCCAAAAAGAUGCCCCUGUAGAUGCCCAGGGCAAGAAUGGAGUGACGCCUCUUCAUGUUGCUGCACAUUAUGACCAUGUCAAUGUGGCUCUCUUGCUUUUGGAGAAAGGUGCCUCGCCCCACUCGGCAGCUCGCAACGGGUAUACACCACUACACGUAGCGGCGCGCAAAGACCAGAUGGACAUAGCCAGCAGCCUUUUGGAGUACGGAGCCAAGCCGGGAGCUGAGUCACGGGCGGGCUUCACACCUCUGCACUUGGCAGCUCAAGAAGGCCAUGCCGACCUGGCUGCUUUGCUGGUCGAGCAUGGGGCUGACUGUGAUGCCAAGGCCAAGAAUGGGCUGACACCCAUGCACCUGUGCGCUCAAGAAGACAGGGUGGAAGUGGCAACUAUUCUGGCUAAGCAUGGUGCCUCCCUGGAUCCAACGACCAAGGCUGGCUACACUCCAUUGCAUGUGGCGUGCCAUUUUGGACAGACCAACAUGAUUCGCUUUCUGCUGCGUCAGGGUGCCAAUGUGAAUGCGACUACAUCACACGGCUACACACCCCUGCACCAGGCAGCUCAACAAGGGCACACACUUAUCAUCAACCUGUUGCUUGAACACAGAGCUGCGCCUAACGCCAUUACCAACCAAGGGCAGACUGCGCUGGCCAUAGCUCAGCGUUUAGGCUACAUAUCCGUUGUGGAAACGCUGAAGGUGGUGACAGAAACCAUUGUGACCACUACCACAACAACUGUGACAGAGGAAAAGUAUCGUGUGGUUGCCCCAGAAACUAUGCAUGAAACUUUCAUGAGUGACUCUGAAGAUGAAGCUGCUGAGGACAACAUGUUGGGCGACCAAUCUUUCCGGUAUCUGACAGCUGAUGAAAUGAAGUCACUUGGUGAUGAUUCUUUGCCAAUUGACGUCACAAGAGAUGAACGCAUCACCGAAUCUAUCCACAUCACUCGGGAACCAGGGCUCUCAGCACCUCUUACACAAGAAGAAGAGCGCCUGUCACCAACGCAGGCCCAUACCACAGAAGCUGUGUUUGUUGGCAACUAUGCACCAGACAAUGUAGACCUGUCCCGGACACCUAUUCAUGCUGGCUCCCUGCUUAGUUGGGACGGCGAUUCCUGCUCCUCUGCCUACGUCCUGUCGCCCACAAAACGCAUGUGGCGCGAAAGUAGCAAGCUAAAGUGGAAGACGUUUCUUGUAAGCUUCUUGGUGGAUGCGCGGGGUGGCGCCAUGCGUGGCUGCCGACACUCUGGUGUUAGGGUGAUCAUCCCGCCGCGCAAGGCGCAGAUGCCUAUGCGUAUUACUUGCCGCUACCUGCGCAAGGAGAAGCUUCCUCACCCACCUCCACUGCUUGAGGGAGAAGCUUGUGCCUCUCGCAUCCUUGAGGUUGGGCCUGCAGGAGCUAAGUUCCUUGGGCCAGUGAUUCUUGAAGUGCCUCACUUUGCAUCACUGCGAGGCAAGGAGCGAGAGAUUAGCAUCCUGCGCAGUGACAAUGGAGAAACGUGGAAAGAGCACACUCUUGAGGCUUCUGAGGAAGCCGUUCAAGAGGUCCUAAAUGAGAGCUUUGAAGGAGAAGAGCUGAGUGCCUUGGAGGACCUGCAGACGAACCGUAUUGUGCGAAUCCUGACUACAGACUUCCCACAGUACUUUGCGGUGGUGAGCAGGACACGACAGGAGGUGCAUGCUGUGGGUCCCGAAGGGGGCCUUCUCAGCUCCACAGUGGUUCCCCAGGUCCAAGCCAUCUUCCCCGAGGGUGCCCUCACCAAGAAGAUCCGCGUGGGCCUCCAGGCCCAGCCAAUUCCUGCAGAUCUGGUGACCAAGCUUUUGGGCCAUCGUGUGGCAGUGAGCCCUAUAGUAACUGUGGAGCCCCGGCGCCGCAAGUUCCACAAGCCAAUAACUUUGACCAUCCCUGUGCCACAGGCGGCAACGAAAGGCAUGAUCAACCAAUAUGCUGGUGAUGCUCCCACUCUGCGCCUACUGUGCAGCAUAACAGGAGGUACAAACAAGGCUCAGUGGGAAGAUGUGACUGGGUCAACACCACUUACCUUUGUCAACGACUGUGUCUCAUUUACGACAACAGUCUCAGCCAGGUUCUGGCUGAUGGACUGCCGGCAAGUGAGCGAAGCGACCAAGUUUGCUACGGAGCUUUAUGCAGAAGCAAUGCACGUACCAUUCAUGGCGAAGUUUGUGGUUUUUGCCAAGCGUCUAGACCCAAUGGAAGCCCAGCUUCGUGUUUUCUGCAUGACAGAUGACAAGGAGGACAAAACAUUAGAAAGUCAAGAGCACUUCACUGAGGUGGCCAAGAGUCGUGAUGUUGAGGUGCUGGAGAAGAAAAGUCAGUACCUAGAGUUCGGAGGCAAUUUGGUUCCUGUGACUAAGUCGGGCGAGCAGCUGCAGCUCCAGUUCCAGGCCUUCCGAGAGAACCGACUGCCAUUUUCUGUCCGUGUUAAGGAUCCUCACCAGGAGCCUCUUGGACGGCUUGCGUUCAUGCGUCAGCCGCGGGCUGCUCGUGCCACAGAACCCCCUCAGGCACCUCUCUGCAAUCUCAACAUCGCUUUACCAGAGUAUGAAGCCUCACAGAACCUCUCGGAGCUGGUUACACUGGAGAAGAAGUAUGGCUUUGUCGAGGAGACAGGCCUGGCCAAGCCUGAGCUGAUCCACCGUGCAGAUCUGCGACUCUCUGACAUUGCGCGAGAGCUGGGGUCAGACUGGCCAGCAUUGGCAGCACAGUUAGAUGUGCCAGAGCAAGAUGUGGCAUCCAUUCGCACAGAAUGCCCCAGUGACCUGGCUCAGCAAGCACUGUUAAUGCUCCGGCUCUGGAUGAAGAGGGCUGGAGGCCGUGCCACGGGCAACAACCUGGAGAAGGGGCUGCGGAUGAUCAACCGUGAAGAUAUCGUCAACAAGUGCAUGUUCAAUGUAGAGCUUGUGACUGAUGAUGUUGAAAAGGCUGUUGCCAAAGUUCACCUUGACCAGUCCGGGUUCGACACUUUCCGUGAGGAACUGGGGACUCCCAAAGACACAUCACUGAAGAGGGAUGCUUCCUUGGACGUCUCUUACGACGAGCAAGACCUCAUGAAGGAGGCCGAGUCGGCGGAGGAGACGAGUAGCGAGACUGGAUCGGUCCACGAGAAGCACACAGGUUCUGAGGCUAAGGGAACCAGCAAGGCCGUUCCAGGAGUCAGGAAAGGAUCUCCAAUAUCAGCAGCAAUUGGUCGCAUUGUGCGAGGAAGUUCAAAGGAGAAGGCAGCUGCCCGGAUGGCUGUCGAAGAGACUUUCGAAGAGGAGCCCAUCUUGAAGACUGAUUCUGCAGAGGUCACUCGGCAGGGAGCCUUAGAGACAGGCCCUACAGCUCCUCCUCGAGACCCAAAGAAGAAAAGCAAGAGGGAGAAGAGCCCCAAACCUCAAGGGCCUGACUACAGCCUGCCUAGGAUCAGGGACAGUAUCACACCUGAAAGGGACUUCACCAGUACCACUGAUGCCAUGACUGUCUCAAGCAUCAGAGAGGCUGUAGAUGCCUCCAAAGAGCCAGCUGCUGAUGGCACGCUGAAAAAAGAAAAGAAGAAAGAUAAGAAAGAAAAGAGCCCAAGUCCUCCAGGCCCGGACUACACUUUGCCCAGGUUGAGGGAUACAUACACCCCACCAAGCAAUGCUACCACAGCAGGUUAUGCUAGAAGCACAUUGCCUGAAGAAGACGUGACACUUAAGAAAGAUAUUGCAAAAACAUCCUCUUUCAAAAGAAGGAGCAAGGAGCGUUCCUUGUCUCCUGAUCUAAUCAAAACUGGGGAAAAUGGGUCACUUGGAGCAGAUUUUUCAAUAGAGGAACAAGAAAAACGAGUACAAAAAAUCCCUGAAGGUACUAUUGUUGAGAAAGUGGAGAAAAUUGUAAAGGAAACUCCUGGAAAAAUUGUUGAAAUAGUCCAUAUUAAGCGACAAAGAAGCAGUAAAAGUCCAGAGGGGAAAGGCAGCUUUGGAGAUAAAGAUGAAAGGAGGCUUCCUAGUUCUGAAGUUGAGGUUCCUGAUGUGGCCAUGGGCCUGAAAUAUGUGUCAAGUGACACAAGUGAGGCUGAAAAAAAACAUAAAGAACAAAGAGAAACGAGUCCACUAAAGCAGAGAAAGAAAGACUUAAAAGAAGUCCCCAUGGCUGUGGACAAGGAUGUCGAGCUUUCUGGCUCUGAUGGCAAAUCACUGGAUACUGGUUUCCUUUCAAAAAUGGCUAAACUCCCUAAGAAAAUGUUUCCACGCAGUGGUAAAACUAGUGCUUCUGAUGAAGAGCCAUCAUCAAUUUCAGAGAGCAGUCCUAUUACUAAAAAGAAGUCUGGAAAGCUUCCGAAGUCUGCCACUUUACCUAAAGCUAGUGAAAAGCCUUCAAAAAAGCUCUUACAUGAAAUAAAAAGUGUUGAUGUUGAAGUAGACACAUCUAAAUUCACUUCGAAAGGGACAAAGGAUGCACUAACAAAGGAUGGGGAAGGCUUGGAAACAGGCGCAGAUGAUAUAGUUAAGGAACCAGAUGGCAGAUUCUUUUCAAGAAUGGCUAAAAUUCCAAAGAAGAUGUUUCCACGUAGUUCAAAGACCAGUUCAUCUGAAGAUGAACCUUCAUCAGCAAGUGAAAACCUCCCUUCAUCAAAGCAAAAAGCCAAAAAGGAGCCAAAAGGGGAUGCUAGCUUCAAGAAAAAAGAAAAGGGCAUUAAGGUCAAACAGGCAGAUACUCAAAAACUGUCAGCUUCUGUUGAUUUAGAUAUUGGCAGUGAUACAUCACGGCCUGCUGGAGUGGACAUUGAUAUUAAAAAGGCAGGCAAACCAGGGUUACCGGACAUCGAACUAAAAAAGCAGAGUGAAAGUAUUGAAACAUCUUUCCCUUCUGGUGUCAAAGUGGCUAGUUCUGUUGGAGAGCCGAUGGUAGACAUUGACAUUAGAGGAACCAAGUCACAGCCAAAAGAGUCACUUCUUACUGUUGAAGGAAAGCAUCCAGAUAUUCCAAGUUCAGAUGUUGAGCUGUCACUCAUCUCCAAAGAAACCACUCUUGAAUGGCCAGACAAAGCAGAAGGCACCAUUGAGAUAGGUACUCCUGAGCAUGGCAAACCAACAAAGAGUGGUUUUAUGACAAAAAUGGCAAGAUUUCCAAGAAAAAUGUUUCCUCAUAGUUUCAAAGGUGACGUUUCAGUAGAAGAGCCAUCAAUAUCAGCUGAAGGUAUCCACGUUUCUGUUCCUGAAACACAGCUUACACUAGACAGAGAUCAAGAGAUAAUGGGAUCUGACAUAAUACCAAAAGAACUCGUGGCUGGCAUGCCAGAAGGUGUAGAGGGGAGCAUUGAAAUGAGUGCUCAAGACCCAUCUGUGCCAUCUGAGAAAGGCUUCAUAUCAAAGAUGACUAAAUUGCCAAGAAAGAUGUUCUCGCAUGAUUCCAAGUCUGGUGUUUCAGUAGAAGGGUCAUCAGUUGCUACUAAAGGUGUUGACAUUGAGUUCUCACAGCAAGAGUUGCAGUUAAAAACAAGUGGUAAAGGCUCUGAAAUGCCUGAAACAAAGCUUGAUAUCACAUUACCUCCACAGAAAGUGACAGCAGAUCUGCCUGAUAGUGCUGAAGGACAUUUUGACGCAAGUUUGGACAAACUGGGCAAGUCAGCUGAAGAUGACUUCAUGUCUGAAGGGACUAAAAUACCAAAGAAUGUACUUCCUCAAGGUGCAAAAGUUGAAACUUCAGUUCGGGACAUGUCAGCAGCACCCCCUGGUGUUGAUGUUCAUAUUCCAAAAACACAAGAUGAACUUGGUAUAAGGGUAAACAUUCCAGACAAACCUCAAGCAGAUUUUGAUGCAUUGCCUGGAAAAGGAGUUUCUGUAGAGAUACCGGAGAGCUUUGAAGGCAGGGUAGAAAUAUUGCAUCCUGGUGUCAGUAACCCAUCAGAUGGAGGCUUUAUGGCAAAGAUGGCCAAGCUACCCAAGAAAAUGUUUCCUCAUAGCUCAAAAGGUAGUGUUUCUCUCGAAGAAACAUCAGAAGAUUUUGGUGAUAGACAGAUGAGAAUGCCAGAAGCUCACCUGAGAAUAGAUACGGAAAGUCUUGAAAUGCCUGAAGUGGAAGGUGACAUUGCCUUGCCAAGUAAAAAAAUGGCUGUUGACUUGCCUGAAGGCAUGGAAGGAAAAGUUGAUAUGUCAACUCCUGAAAUUGGCAAAAUGUCAGAUGAAAGCUUUAUGUCAAAGAUGGCCAAGAUUCCUAAGAAAAUAUUUCCUCAAGGCUCAAAGGGAAGUGUUUCUGUUGAAGGAGCUCCUGAAGGCGUUGAUGUUCAGGUGAAGAUGCCUGAGCCCCACCUUAAGGUGGAUGUAAAAGGACCUAAAAAGCCAGAUAUAGAAGGUGACAUAGUACUGCCUGAUAUGAAAGUGGUUGUUGACGUACCAGAAGGCACUGAAGGAAAAGUUGAAUUAUCAACUCCAGAAAUGGGGAAACCAUCAGACAAAGGCUUUAUGUCAAAGAUGGCCAAGUUUCCUAAGAAAAUGUUUCCUCAUGGAUCAAAGGGGGGUGUUUCUCUAGAAGGAGCUCCUGAAGGUGUUGACGUUCACGUGAAAAUGCCUGCGCCUCACCUUAAGAUGGAUGUGAAAGAACCUGAAAAGCCAUAUAUAGAAGGUGACAUAGCACUGCCUGAUAUGAAAGUGGCUGUUGACUUGCCAGAAGGCAUAGAAGGAAAAGUUGAAAUACCAGCCCCAGAAAUUACCAAACCUUCAGAUAAAGGAUUUAUGUCAAAGAUGGCCAAGCUUCCCAAGAAGAUGUUUCCCCAUGGCUCAAAAGGAAGUGUCUCUGUUGAAGGGGCACCAGAAAGUGUUGGUGAUAUUCAAGUAAAUAUGCCUGAGGCUCACCUUAAGGCAGAUAUAAAAGGUCUUGGAAAACCUGAUGUAGAAGGUGAGAUUGCCCUGCCUGAUAAGAAAGUGGCUGUUGGCAUGCCAGAUGGCAUGGAAGGAAAACUUGAAAUAUCCACUCCAGAAAUUGGCAAAGCAUCAGAUGGAGGAUUUAUGUCAAAGAUGGCCAAAUUUCCCAAGAAAAUGCUACCUCAUGGUUCAAAAGGAAGUGUUAUGAUUGAAGCACCAGAAGCUAUCAGUGAAGUUCAGGUAAAGAUGCCUGAAGCUCAGCUUAAGAUGGAUGUGAAAGGUCAUGAAAAGCCAGAAUUAGAAGCUGACAUUGAACUUCUUGAUAAGACGGUGGCUGUGGACUUUCCAGAAGCUGUUGAUGGAAAAAUUGGGAUAUCCACUCCCGAAAUUGGCAAAUCAUCAGAUGGAGGAUUUAUGUCAAAGAUGGCCAAGUUCCCCAAGAAAAUGUUUCCACAUGGCUCAAAGGGAAGUGUUUCCGUUGAAGGGGCACCAGACGGUGUUGGUGACAUUCAGGUAAAGAUGCCUGAAUCUCACCUUAAGGUUGAUAUAAAAGGUCCUGAAAAACCUGAAGUAGAUGCUCAGAUUGCAUUGCCUGAUAAGAAAGUGGCCGUUGACUUGCCAGAAGGCAUGGAUGCAAAAGUUGAGAUAUCCACUCCAGAAAUUGGCAAACCUUCAGAUAGAGGAUUUAUGUCAAAGAUGGCCAAGCUUCCCAAGAAAAUGUUUCCCCAUGGCGCAAAAGGAAAUGUUACAGUUGAAGAGGCACCAGAAGUUGCAAGCGAGGUCCAGGUAAAGAUGCCUGAAGCUCACCUUAAAAUGGAAUUGAAAGGUCCUGAAAAGACAGGCUUAGAAGGUGACAUUGGGCUGCCUAAUAAGAAAGUGGCAGUUGAUGUGCCUGAAGGCAUUGAGGGAAAAUUUGAAAUGGGAACUCCUGAAAUUGGUAAACCAUUAGAUGGAGGCUUUAUGUCAAAGAUGGCCAAGCUUCCUAAGAAAAUGUUUCCUCAUGGCUCAAAAGAGAGUAGUAUUUCUGUUGAAGGGGCACCAGAAAUUGGUGAUGUUCAUGCAAAAAUGCCUGAAGCUCACCUAAAAAUGGAAGGGAAAGGUUUUGAAAAGCCAGGUAUUGAAGCUGACAUUGGAAUAUCAGAUAAGACAGUGGGUGUUGAUUUGCCAGAAGGCAUUGAGGGAAGAGUUGAAGUAUCAGGUCCAGAAAUUGGCAAACCAACGGAUGGAGGCUUUAUGGCAAAGAUGGCCAAGCUUCCUAAGAAAAUGUUUCCUCAUGGCUCAAAGGAAGGUAGUAUUUCUGUUGAAGGGGCACCAGAAAUUGGUGAUGUUCAUGUAAAAAUGCCUGAAGCACACUUAAAAAUGGAAAUGAAAGGUCUUGAAAAGCCAGGCCUUGAAGCUGACAUUGGAAUACCAGAUAACACAGUGGGCAUUGAUUUGCCAGAAGGCAUUGAGGGAAAAGUUGAAAUAUCAGGUCCAGAAAUUGGCAAACCAACAGAUGGAGGCUUUAUGACAAAGAUGGCAAAGCUUCCUAAGAAAAUGUUUCCGCAUGGCUCAAAGGAAGGUAGUAUUUCUGUUGAAGGGGCACCAGAAAUUGGUGAUGUUCAUGUAAAAAUGCCUGAAGCACACUUAAAAAUGGAAAUGAAAGGUCUUGAAAAGCCAGGCCUUGAAGCUGACAUUGGAAUACCAGAUAACACAGUGGGAAUUGAUUUGCCAGAAGGCAUUGAGGGAAAAGUUGAAAUAGCAGGUCCAGAAAUUCGGAAACCAACAGAUGGAGGCUUUAUGGCAAAGAUGGCUAAGCUCCCUAAGAAAAUGUUACCUCAUGGCUCAAAGGAAGGUAGUAUUUCUGUUGAAGGGGCACCAGAAAUUGGUGAUGUUCAUGUAAAAAUGCCUGAAGCACACCUAAAAAUGGAAAUGAAAGGUCUUGAAAAGCCAGGCCUUGAAGCUGACAUUGGAAUACCAGAUAACACGGUGGGCAUUGAUUUGCCAGAAGGCAUUGAGGGAAAAGUUGAAAUAGCAGGUCCAGAAAUUGGGAAACCAACAGAUGGAGGCUUCAUGGCAAAGAUGGCUAAGCUCCCUAAGAAAAUGUUUCCUCAUGGCUCAAAGGAAGGUAGUAUUUCUGUUGAAGGCACACCAGAAAUUGGUGAUGUUCAUGUAAAAAUGCCUGAAGCACACCUAAAAAUGGAAAUGAAAGGUCUUGAAAAGCCAGGCCUUGAAGCCGACAUUGGAAUACCAGAUAACACAGUGGGUGUUGAUUUGCCAGAAGGCAUUGAAGGAAAAGUUGAAAUAUCAGCUCCAGAAAUUGGCAAACCAACUGAUGGAGGCUUCAUGGCAAAGAUGGCUAAGCUUCCUAAGAAAAUUUUUCCUCAUGGCUCAAAGGAAAGUAGUAUUUCUGUUGAAGGGGCACCAGAAAUUGGGGAUGUUCAUGCAAAAAUGCCUGAAGUUCACCUAAAAAUGGAUGUGAAAGGUCUUGAAAAGCCAGUUCUUGAAGCUGAUGUUGGAAUACCAGAUAAGACAGUGGGUGUUGAUUUGCCAGAAGGAAUUGAGAGAAAAGUUGAAAUAUCAGCUCCAGAAAUUGGCAAACCAACGGAUGGAAGCUUUAUGGCAAAAAUGGCCAAGCUUCCUAAGAAAAUGUUUCCUCAUGGCCCAAAGGAAGGUAAUACUUCUGUUGAAGAGGCACCAGAAAUUGAUGUUCAUGCAAAAAUGCCUGAAGCUCAUUUAGAGAUGAAUGUGAAAGGUCUUGAAAAGCCAUGUCUUGAAACUGACAUUGGAAUACCUGAUAAGACAGCUGGUAUUGAUUUGCCAGAAGGCAUUGAGGGAAAUGUUGAAAUAUCAGCUCCAGAAAUUGGCAAAUCAACUGAUGGAGGCUUUAUGGCAAAGAUGGCUAAGCUUCCUAAGAAAAUGUUUCCUCAUGGCUCGAAGGGAAGUGUUUCUGUUGAAGGGGCACCCGAUAGUGUUGGCGACAUUCAGGUUAAAAUGCCUGAAGUUCGCCUGAAGGUGGAUAUGAAAGGUCCCGAGAGACCUGACAUACAAGGUGACGUUGCCCUGCCUGCUAAAAAUGUGGCUGUUGACUUAUCGGAAAGUGUUGAGGGAAAAGUUGAAAUAUCUGCUCCAGAAAUUGGCAAGCAAUCUGAUAGAGGGUUUAUGUCAAAGAUGGCAAAGCUUCCCAAGAAAAUGUUCCCUCAUGGCUCAAAGGGAAGUGCAUCUGUUGAAGAGGCAUCAGAAGUUGUUAGUGGUGUUCAGGUGACAAUGCCUGAAACUCGCCUAAAGGUGGAUACAAAGGCUCAUGGAAGGCCCGAGGUAGAUGUGGAUGUUUUAGUGCCUGAAGUUUCUGCAGAUUUAGCAGAGAAUAUUGAAGGAAAGUCCGGAAUAACAACUCCAGAACUUGGAAAGCCAACAGGCAGAGGAUUUAUGGCAAAAAUGUUUUCGCAUAGCCCUAAAGGAAAAGAUUCCAUUGAAUACACCCCAAGAUUGGUUGGGGAUGUUGAAGUAAAGCUGCCAGAAGCUGAUUUAGAAGUAGAUGUAAAAGGUCCUGAAAUAAUUCAGGGUGAUGUGCUGAAAGGGGAAAACGUCGCUAUGGAUUUGGCGGAAGGUAUGGAAGGAAAAGUUGAAAUAGAUCUUGCAGAGGUAGAGAAGUCUUCAGAUAGUGGGUUCAUGUCAAAGAUGGCUAAACUCCCGAAAAAGAUGUUUCCUCACAGCUCCAAGGGAGAAGCAUCUCUUGAAGAGGCUCCAGAAGUUGUCAGUGAUGUUUCUGCCAAGAUGCCUGAAGCUCACCUAAAAUUGCAUGUAAGAGAUCCUGAAAAGUCUGUAGCAGAAGCGAGCAUUUUGUUACCCGAGAGUGAAGUUACGUUGAACUUGUCAGAUGACAUUGAAGGUAAAGUUGAAGCAGCACCGCCAGAAGUUAGCAAGCCAUCAGAUGCAGGUUUCGUGUCAAAAAUCUCCAAGCUGCCUAAAAGGCUACUCCCUCAUGGUAAAAAAGCUGGGACCUCCUUUGAAGAGCAUAUGGUAACUGCUGAAGGUACUCAUGUUGACAUCCCUCACACUGAAGCAACCCUGAAGAUAGAAGCCAAGCUUCCAACGAAGCCUGAAGCAAGUGCAGACAUUACAAUUCCUGCAGGGGAAAGUUUCGCUGACACUUCAGAAGGUCUUGCAGGAAAGUUGGAAAUUGGUGUUUCAGAAACUGGGAAAGCGCCUGAUAAAGGGUUUAUGUCAAAAAUGGCCAAGCUUCCCAAGAAGAUGUUUCACCAUGGUACCAAAAGUAGCACUUCAACUGAUGAACAUUCGACAGCAGCUGAGGCUACUGACAUCAAGAUGCCUGACUUGGGAGUGCAGCAACAGACCCAUGUCAAGACCAUCAAAAAGCCUGAAGCAGAUGUCAGUGUUUCAGUUUAUGAAAAGGAAGUUACUGUGCAGCUGCCAAAAGGGAGCAAAGGAAUGAUUGAAAUAAGCACCUCAGAACUAGUGGGAGAGCAUGUUCGUGAUGGGGCAACUCAAGGUGCUGACAUUAUGCUGCCAGGAAUGGAGCUGCCCACCAUGGAACGACGGGAAACUAAAGAAACCCCUGGUGGUGUCGUUGAAGUCAUCGAAGUAACUACUCAUGAAGUUUCGAAGCCAUCAAGCCCUGGUCUCCUGUCAAAAGUGUCAAAAAUUCCCAAGAAAAUAUUUCCACGUGGCUCAAAGUCAAAGAGUUCGGAUGAAGAGUCCCCGUCAACGCCAAAACGAGAGUUGAAGGAAACACCAGGUGGCAUUGUUGAAGUCAUCGAAGUUACAAAACAUGAUGUGGCCAAACCUCCUGAAAGCAAACACAUUGAGCAAGAUGGCACAAAAGUAUCAUUAAAGCCAGCAUCAUCUGAAACUGUGGCUAGUGGUAAAGAAGGAUUUCCACCUACCCAUAUGAUACGAGAGAUAAAAGAAGUACCUGGUGGUGUUGUUGAAGUCGUCAAAGUUACAAAGCAUGUUGUUGGUAAACUUCCUGAAGACAAGCAUUCCGGUGAAUCAAGUACAAGAAUGGUGGAUCCAUCACUUCCAUGUGAAGCAGAGCUGGCCAAGGAUCCAUCAGCUAUAGUAAAGCGAGAAGUGAAAGAGACCCCAGAAGGACACGUUGAAGUGGUGCAGGUCAUCAGAAGGGAAGCUGGUGAUGUGCCCUUUGCCUCUGACAUUGCUGGGGAUGGAUCAGAUGGAACUAUUUCUCGAAGGAUUGAAACGACUGUUGUUGAUGGCAAACCAACCAUCAUCAGGCGACUAGUGACAACAACAUCUGAUGGUAUUCAGCAAGUCACUGAGCACAUUGAGCAAAGGGCUGAGGAACUUGGAAGCACAGCAAGCAGCUUAUUUGCAAAAAUGGGUGAAUUCGCAAAGGGCAUAUCCAGUGACGAUCCAUCAGCUGUGACGACACGAGAAGUGAAAAAGCUUCCAGAUGGUUCUGUUGAAGUUGUGUCAAUUACAAAGCGCUCUAGUUCUUCACCAGGGAAAGAAAUUGCUGCCACAGAGCACCUGCCGUCAAGCACUUCAGGCUCCAUGCACUUUGCAGAAAGUGCAGCUGGAAAGCCAAUGGAGGCAAAGACAGCCAUUGUUCGAAGAGAAAUUUCUGGACCAGAGACGAUAGUAUGUACCACUACAUCAGUUGUGACAUCAGCCACAGCAUCAGGCUCAUCAAAGCCAGAACUCUCAGCUGAUGUUCUUGACAAGAUGUUUGGUGACAUAGGAAAGCCCAAAGUGGAUGACCGGCUCAAAGAUGUUCUUACUGCAGAAGGAGGUAUCGGAGCCAAAAGAGAAGUUACACCCGAAGAAGCCGAGCUUUUGGCGCAACUUUUCCCUGAGCAGUCAUCAGGGGUCGCUGUAUACCCUCCUGCUGGCUUAGUUCCUGAGGCUGCGAUCAUUCCAGAAUACCGUUGUAUGAUGACAGCUGAAGGUGCACCUUUAUCACCUCAAGACCCCGAGUCCAAAGAAAAAGUGUUGCUGAAGCUAGGGCGGGCACUCAGCCAGGAUGACCUGGAUGCACCAUCUCCAACCCGAGGGGAAGCAGCCAUGACGGUCGCAGGACUGGGUGAAGCAGUGGACGCAUCUGAUCAAGUUGAAGAGCCGGUGGUCGAGAAACUUGAAUUGGCACGCCGCGAAAGCAAGCGCUACAGCCAAGAGUUUGAACAAGAUGAACCAUUACCAAAGGCAAUGGGAUUCAAGACCAAGCCUUCAGAAGAAACAGUUGUGAGCUCCACACAGGUGAAGGGCAUUCAUGACAAUGGCACCGUGAAGCACACAGUCACUACAGUCACAAAGACCACUAUCAUUCAAGAGGUAGAAGAGCCCGCUGGAGCCCAUCGGCCAGGAGAGUCUGAGACAUGGGCAUCAGACCUGGACACCAGCCAAGUGUCAGUUUCUAGCCUCCCAGAGGAUGAACGGACAGAACCCACAUUAUCAAGUAGCACCACCACUGCCACAGCUGAUGCGGAAGCCCUGUCGGGACCCCUUGCUCGCACCCAGGUGGAAGAGAAAGAAUGGACUGAAACCGACCCAGAUUCAGGAGAAGUGCGCCACAUUAUUAGCAAGACAACUCACACUACUGUGACAUCGAUGAAACCGGGUGAAGGUGCACCUAGGGGCGACACCAUGUCCACCAGCAUAAGUCAUUCAUCUAAAGGCAGCCAUGGUGGCUCAGCAGCCAGUGCACCAUCAAGGCAUGAUGAAGCAGAGUCUCUCACAUUCUUCCAGAAGAAAGAGUUUUUUGAGAAGCUAUCUGAACAGUCACCACUGCAGGAAACUCUUAGUACAAGAUUGGGGAGCACACCAUCUUUGGAUACAGCACUGACACGACCAGUCGUGACUGUCAAGCCACGACCACGCUCAGAGAGCCUUACUUCACAGGGAGAAAUUGUUGAAGAAAACAUAGUGUUUGCUGAACGGUUAAGGCUGUUUCAAAAUGGGGCUCAAGCAGGCUCAUUGCCAGGUGCCAGCCUGCCCCAUCUUGACUUAAUGGAUCCAAGACGUCAAAGUAGAGAGCAAAAGCUUCAAGAUAUGCCAGAAAUGGUUGAUUCAUUGCAGCAGCAAUCUUCAGAAGUGUUAGAAGGCCUACAGGGUACUGAUGGAAAGAGUGACACGCGGUUGCUUGUGCACACAAGUGAUGCUGAUAAGGAAGCUUUUGAUGUGCGUACUGUGCAGUCACCUGUAGACAUAGGAGAUCAGCAGUUCUCUCGAAUGAGAGUGCGAAUGCCAGCCUCUGAAGAAUGUGUUAGUGAAACGCUCAUAUCUAGCUGUGACCUACCUGGAGAGAAACCAUCGCCUCUGCGUGAUGCUUACAAAGAUUCCUUGUUAGCACCUCAACAAGAAGGUAGCCAAACUGGCGGGGACCAUUUGAUGGAAGCAGAGUCAGCUUUGGAUGACUCUUCACGACCAGUCACUGCUACUCGCGUCAUCACGACGCGCACCACGCGCACCGUGGGUCCCGACGGCAGAGAGCAGCUGGUGACAACCACGACCGAGGAGGGGGCUGGAGGCGACGAUCCGGAGCUGCGCAUGCGCCGCAGCAUGCAAGGGGUCCUGGACAACUUCAUGGCUGACCCGUCUGCGCCUCCGCCGCAUUCGGACGAAGAAGAGUGAAGUCCCCGCCGGCGUGCCGCACAUCUUCGCUCUCUGUAACCCCGUAGCACACAUCGUACAGAAAGUCUUGUUUUGCACACGGGCCGCCGCUUCGCAGAAUCGCGUUCCCCAGUAUAUCUCGUGGCCGACUCUCCUGCCGCAUUCGGUCUAAUGUGCUUUCUUCUGAUGCGGAAAGAACGGACCGCUCGCCCCGAUAUAUUCGCUUGUAGGCCGGUUGUCACUGCCUCCGGGGACAAUGCUGUGGGACAGCGUCACGUGUACCUCUUCUCAUCGCUUGUCGCGCCGUGGCUCGACGACGUCUCACUAUUGGCGUUUGACUCAUCGAUACGAACUCAAUUAUUGAUUUAGUGUUUGCCACUCUUUGAUGUCGGUAUUCAUGGACAUGGUUGGCGCUGUCUCUUGGAGCCUCGCAGCGUCUUACGUUUGUGUCGCAUUAGGAAUGCGAAGCGCCGUCUCGAAGCAGUGCAGUAUGUUAGACGUCACCCUACUACGUGCACCUCAUCAUUCUUUUCUCGCCGGGGUGGGGCGAUCAUGUUCUGUCGUUGUGGUGGUUUAGGUUUUCAGCACUGACCUGCGCUUAGGGCUGUUACGCGCUUGACCCUUCGCGCAAUUUUUUUUUUUUGUUCCUGGUGCGUCGUGUAUGUAAAAAUUAAGGCGAACGGGCACCGUGCGCGCCGUGGGUUUCCCGCGUCUGGCGCUCAUUAUGUGCAGCACGGCGAGCUCUGGUGCACGUGGCGACGCUAGUUCAGCGCUUUUAAGGCACAGAAGUGCAGUCUGGCGGCUUUUCAUGGCCUUGUGAAACGCCGCGUGCAGUUCACGCUUGAGCGAUAGGGGAUUUACCACACUGUUUAUGUAAUCUCACGUGCAUGUUCUUGGCUUUCAAUAAAACGCAUUUUGGCUUA